CUUUCUGGAAGCAGACCCUCCUUUCUGUAGCUAUCCGAGCCCGAGCAGCGCUAACUCCCUGCCGGCGAGACUUUUCAACUUUACUCGCUCGCUGUACUGCCCCACCAUGGCUGCCGUUAAAGCGCUGAACCCUAAAGCCGAGGUGGCCAGAGCGCAGGCCGCCCUGGCGGUUAACAUCAGUGCCGCCCGGGGUCUUCAGGACGUGCUGAGGAGCAAUCUGGGACCGAAGGGAACCAUGAAAAUGUUGGUAUCUGGUGCAGGAGACAUAAAGCUGACCAAAGAUGGAAAUGUCCUGUUACACGAGAUGCAAAUUCAACACCCAACAGCGUCACUUAUUGCUAAAGUAGCCACGGCGCAGGAUGACAUCACAGGGGACGGCACCACCUCCAACGUCCUCAUCAUUGGUGAGCUGCUGAAGCAGGCUGAUCUCUACGUCUCAGAGGGCCUUCAUCCAAGAAUAAUCGCUGAAGGCUUCGAGGCAGCCAAAGAGAAAGCCCUGGCUGUUCUGGAGGAAGUGAAAGUGACUCGGGAAAUGGACAGAGAAACGCUCGUCAAUGUCGCCCGGACUUCUCUGAGGACCAAGGUCCACACUGAGCUGGCAGACCUGCUUACUGAGGCUGUGGUGGAUGCUGUGCUCGCCAUCUCCAAACCCAACGAACCCAUCGACCUGUACAUGGUCGAAAUCAUGGAGAUGAAGCACAAGACUGAGAGCGACACACAACUGAUCAAAGGUUUGGUUCUGGAUCACGGCGCCAGACAUCCAGACAUGAAGAAGAGGGUGGAGGACGCCUACGUUCUGACCUGCAACGUCUCUCUGGAGUACGAAAAAACGGAGGUCAACUCUGGCUUCUUCUACAAGAGCGCCGGGGAGCGGGAGAAGCUGGUGGCCGCAGAGAGGAAGUUCAUCGAGGAGCGCGUGCAGAAGAUCAUCGCCCUGAAGAAGAAAGUCUGUCCCAGCGACGACAAAGGCUUCGUCGUCAUCAACCAGAAGGGUAUCGAUCCGUUCUCCCUGGACGCUCUGGCCAAGGAGGGAAUCGUCGCUCUGCGCAGAGCAAAGAGGAGGAACAUGGAGAGGCUCACUCUCGCCUGCGGCGGCAUCGCUAUGAACUCCGUGGAUGACCUCACACCUGAGUGUUUGGGUAACGCCGGGCUGGUUUAUGAACACACACUAGGGGAAGAGAAGUACACGUUCAUUGAGAAGUGCGGGAACCCUCGGUCCGUCACGCUGCUGGUGAAAGGUCCGAACAAACACACCCUGACGCAGAUCAAAGACGCCGUGAGGGACGGCCUGCGGGCCGUCAAGAACGCCAUCGAAGACGGUUGCGUUGUGUCCGGCGCCGGUGCGUUUGAAGUCGCUGUGGCGGACGCUCUGGUGAAACACAAGCCCAACGUGAAAGGCCGAGCCCAGCUGGGGGUCCAGGCCUUUGCAGAUGCUCUUCUCGUCAUCCCCAAGGUUUUGGCCCAGAACUCAGGCUACGACUCUCAGGAGACUCUGCUGAAGUUGCAGACGGAGUAUAAAGAAUCUGGUCAGCUGGUCGGAGUCGACCUCAGCACCGGGGAGCCGAUGGUGGCCGGGGAGGCCGGAGUUUGGGACAACUACAGUGUGAAAAAGCAGCUUCUCCAUUCCUGCACGGUGAUCGCCAGCAACAUCCUGCUGGUCGAUGAGAUCAUGCGAGCCGGCCUGUCUUCUCUGAAAGGUUAAGCAAGAGCAGCAGCGUUUGUCCUCCAGUGAUAGUCGUUUACCUGACGGUUCAGUCAACACCACCCAGCUCUCGGCACUCUGAAGCUCCCCAGUCGAUGGCAAACCUGCGGCGGCCAUCUUAGCAUCAGAAAUUAUCGUUCACCUGCUCAUGUUUUCAUGAUUUGUGCCCCUCUCUGGAACGAUUGGUUUAUUUAUGCGAUUUUUGUUAAAAAGCACUGAUCUGCAGUUCUGUUUCUACCCAUUAAAAAGUUCUUGGCUUGCAA